AUCCUCCACAUGUAGAAGUUCGUCUUGGGUCAUCGUUGAGUCCCGAAAACAUACGUGAAGGCAGCGACGUAUACUUCGAGUGUGUCAUCAGGUCCAAUCCGAAGAUCUACAAGAUCGAGUGGUUCCAUAACAACUCGUCGGUGCAGCACAACGUGUCGGGCGGCGUGAUCGUGAGCAACCAGUCGCUGGCGGUGCAGCGCGUGAGGCGCUCCCAGGCGGGCAGCUACGCCUGCGCCGCCGCCAACACCGAGGGCGACGCCCGCAGCCAACACCUCAACCUCGUCGUCCAAUUAUACGAUGCCGAUCUUCAUAACUAA